AAACGACUUCCUUUACUCUUUAAAUGCUGAAUAUUAGCAGCAUUCUUAAUUUCUCGAUUUACUUUUAGAGGCUUUAGAUAUGCAGUAUAUUCUGGCUCUAGCUGCCGCUCUCUUCGUGAUGUCAACAGUGCAGGGUUUAUCGACAAAUGAUUCUCCUGUCUGUUUCGAUCCGUACAGCGUACCCUAUAUCCCCUGCUCUGAUGAAACGGAUUUUGAACCUUCGGUAUGUGAUUGUGGAUACGAAGUCGAAGGUUGUUAUGUGAGGCUUGAGAUCACAGGUGGUAAUAGUAAAUUCAAAAUUAAUAAUGGCAGAUUUGGCCCCACGAUUAUCGUAAAACACUACGGAAUAUUAGUUGUUGAUGUCAUCAAUAAUAUCGAUGAAGUGACUUCGAUACAUUGGCAUGGGAUGCAUCAGAGAAAUGUUCCCUGGAUGGACGGAGUGGCGAAUAUAACGCAAUACCCAAUUCACAAAGGUGGAAAAUUCAGAUAUAUAUUCCGGGCUCAUCCUUCGGGAACUCAUUGGUAUCAUUCCCACGUGGGAUAUCAAAGAGAUCACGGAAUCGUAGGAGCUUUAAUCGUGAGAGAAAAGGAAGAAAUAUUGCACGAAUUGAGCAAUUACCCGCCCCUGCCGGAGGGAGAGAGUAUUCAAGAUUUCCCAGAUAAGUACACGUUGUCUGUUACAGAACACCUGCAAUCUGGAAAAGGAGGCGUUUGUAUGCUGGAUAAAUCCCGGUCACCACAACUUAAUAAAAAAAUUUCCGCAUUCCUAAUAAAUGGCGUUGUACUAAGAGGAUCUGUAGAUGAAGGAAUUGAGGAGGUACGUUUUUGAAAACUGAAUUGUCCGAGUUAGAAGUAGAACUAGAGGUGGGUGUAGGGGGUGGAACGAGAGGUGGGUGCAGAACUAGAGGUGGGUGGUGUGAUUUUCGUUGCCAAAAUAAGCCAGGUCCAAUCGUAGCACGUUGUUCAAGCGAGCACGUCAACUUUAAAA